AAGAACGGCAGGAGGGAGCAGAGACAGUUUGCUGAGUGGGCAGUGCAGGUAUUUCCCUGUUUUAGCCUCUGCAACUGAAGAAGGCUCAUCCUGUGGUUUGAAGCCAGGGCUCAGUCAAGGUCUUCUGUUCAGAAAAGCCAUCCACUUCAGGGCUAUCUUUAGGCACCAUGGCAACCCAUCCGCGUGGCUGUGGCAACAUAGAUAGUGACUAUUAUUUCCUCUGUAACAUGGACGCUGAUUGGGGCAUUGUUUUGGAAUCCCUGGCCACCGCUGGCGUUAUCGUCACAGCCAUCCUCAUGCUGGUGCUCCUUUUCCUGAUCAGCAAAGUUCAAGACAACGUGAAACGAAGUCUGAUCCCAGUCCAGUUCUUCUUCCUUCUGGGCACUCUAGGAAUCUUUGGCCUCACCUUUGCCUUCAUCAUCAAGCUCAAUGACACAACUGCCCCCACCCGCUUCUUCCUUUUUGGGGUCCUCUUUGCCCUCUGCUUUGCCUGUCUCCUUGCCCAUGCCUUUGACCUCGUCAGGCUGGUGAGAGGAAGACGCCCGUUGAAAGGAUGGCUGAUGCUGGUUAUCGCCAUCAGCCUGACCUUUGUGCAAGUGAUUAUAGCUGUACAGUACGUAGCCAUCAAUAGGAAUGAAAUAACGGGCCUGACAGGGGGUUCCGGAAUGGAUGGAAAACUACGUCAGGACUUUGUAUUACUCCUUAUCUAUGUGCUUUUCCUGAUGGCCCUCCUCUUUGUGGUUUCCAUGUUUGUUUUCUCUGGGUCUUACAAAAGUUGGAAGAGACAUGGUGUCCACAUCUGGCUCACUGCCUUGCUCUCCAUCUGCAUCUGGGUGGUGUGGAUCAGUAUGUUGAUGAGAGGCAACGAAGCUUUAGACAAAAAGCCAGAGUGGGAUGAUCCUGUUAUCAGUAUUGCUCUGGUAGUGAAUGGAUGGGUCUUCCUGGUUCUGUAUGCAGUGCCUGAACUCUGUUUCAUCACCGUUCCCUCAAAGCCUGGAGACUAUCCUGUCGAGAAUCACCUCUGCCAGCCGAAAGUCAUGAAAAAAACCUUUGGAGUAGAGAAUCAAGCCUAUGCUCAGGAGGACAACAUACAAGAUGAAAUUAAGGGGCAUGUUCCUUAUUCAACUCAUUUCCAGCUGAAGAACCUUGAACCCCAACAGGACUUCUCCAUCCCACGGCCUCAAACCCGGCCCAGCCCAUACCAAGGCUAUUCUGGCGGGAAAGGUGUCAAGUAGCAGCUCCGCAGUGAACAUUGGAGAAGCAAGGUGGAGACAGCCGAGGUGCUGGAAGCCAUCACGGAUAUCUCAGUGCUUCAGCUUUAUUAAAUCAGGGACGUAGUUCAGCACUACAGUGGACGAAGGAAGAUUGUUCGCACACACCCACACCACCUGUGCUCGCCUUUUAAAAUUUGUCUCUGCACAUUUAGCACUUUAUACG